GACACCACGCUGAACGGCUGAAGCCGAGCUCCCUAGCCGGCUUGGCUAGCUGAGGCUGAGCUCCCAAUCCCCUCCCCGCUGCUCCAGCCUCCAUGGCCGCCAUGCCCCUCCCCGUCACCUCCCCGCCUCCCCCACCGCAUCCGCCCCACCCGCCCACCGCCGCCACCAUCCGCUCCCUCACCGCCGCCGGAGACCACGCCGCCGCCCUCCGCGCGCUCUCCUCCCUGACAGCAGCGGCGUCCCCUUCCGCGCCGCUCGACCGCUUCGCGCUCCCGCCCGCCGCUAAGUCCGCCGCCGCGCUCCGCUCCCUCCCGGCCGUCCGCUCCAUCCACGGCGCCGCGCUGCGCCGCGGCCUCCUCGAUGGGCCCACCCCGGCCGUCGCCAACGCGCUCCUCACCGCCCACGCCCGGUGCGGCGACCUCCCCGCCGCGCUCGCGCUCUUCGCCGCGAUGCCCGACCGCGACGCCGUCACAUUCAACUCCCUCAUUGCCGCGCUCUGCCUCUUCCGCCGCUGGCUCCCGGCCCUCGGCGCGCUCCGCGACAUGGUCCUGGAGGGCCACCCGCUCACCUCGUUCACGCUUGUCAGCGUCCUCGCCGCGUGCUCCCACCUCGCCGAGGACCCGCGCCUCGGCCGCGAGGCGCACGCGUUCGCUCUCAAGAACGGCUUCCUGGACGGCGACGAACGGUUCGCGUUCAACGCGCUGCUCUCCAUGUACGCGCGCCUCGGCCUGGUCGACGACGCGCAGCGGCUCUUCGGCUCCGUCGGCGCCGCCGACGCGCCGGGCGGCGGCCUCGUCACGUGGAACACCAUGGUCAGCCUUCUGGUUCAGAGCGGCCGCUUUGACGAGGCCGUCGAGGUGCUCUACGACAUGGUCGCCCGCGGCGUGCGCCCCGACGGCGUCACGUUCGCGAGCGCGCUCCCGGCGUGCUCGCAGCUGGAGAUGCUCUCCCUCGGCAGGGAGAUGCAUGCCUACGUCCUCAAAGACGCCGACCUCGCCGCCAACUCGUUCGUCGCCAGCGCGCUCGUGGACAUGUACGCGAGCCACGAGCGGGUGGACGCGGCCAGGCGGGUGUUCGACAUGGUCCCUGGCGUCGACCGCCAGCUCGGGCUGUGGAACGCCAUGAUCUGCGGGUACGCGCAGGACGGCAUGGACGAGGACGCGCUGGAGCUCUUCGCCCGGAUGGAGGCCGAUGCCGGGGUCGUGCCCAGCGAGACCACCAUAGCGGGCGUGCUGCCUGCGUGCGCGCGCUCGGAGGCCUUCGCCGGCAAGGAGGCGGUGCACGGGUACGCCGUGAAGCGCGGCAUAGCGGACAACCGGUUCGUGCAGAACGCGCUCAUGGACAUGUACGCGCGCCUCGGCGACAUGGACGCCGCGCGGCGGAUCUUCGCCGCGAUCGAGCCCCGCGACGUGGUCUCCUGGAACACCCUCAUCACCGGCUGUGUCGUGCAGGGCCACAUCAGCGACGCGUUCCAGCUGGUCCGGGAGAUGCAGCAGCAAGGGGGAUGCACCGAUGCAGCAACGGAAGACGGCAUUGCCAGAGCGGACGAAGAGCCGGUGAUGCCCAACAACAUCACACUCAUGACCCUGCUCCCUGGCUGCGCGAUGCUCGCGGUGCCAGCAAGGGGGAAGGAGAUCCACGGCUACGCGGUGCGCCACGCCCUGGACUCAGACGUCGCUGUUGGGAGCGCGCUGGUGGACAUGUACGCCAAGUGCGGCUGCCUGGCGCUGUCGAGGGCUGUGUUCGAGCGGCUGCCGAGGAGGAAUGUCAUCACCUGGAACGUUCUCAUCAUGGCCUACGGCAUGCACGGGCUCGGCGACGAGGCCAUCGCUCUGUUCGACCAAAUGGUGGCGAGCGACGAGGCCAAGCCGAAUGAGGUCACCUUCAUCGCCGCGCUAGCUGCCUGCAGCCACUCUGGCAUGGUCGACCGCGGCCUGGAGCUGUUCCAUAGCAUGAAGAGGGACCACGGGGUCGAGCCAACGCCGGACCUUCACGCCUGCGCCGUCGACAUUCUCGGUCGGGCGGGAAGGCUGGACGAGGCCUACAGCAUCAUCAGCUCAAUGGAGCCAGGAGAGCAGCAGGUGUCCGCGUGGAGCAGCUUCCUCGGAGCGUGCCGACUCCACCGGAACGUCCAGCUCGGCGAGAUCGCUGCCGAGCGGCUGUUCGAGCUCGAGCCCGACGAGGCGAGCCACUACGUGCUCCUGUGCAACAUCUACUCCGCGGCCGGCCUAUGGGAGAAGUCAUCGGAGGUGAGGAGCCGGAUGCGGCAGAGGGGCGUCAGCAAGGAACCCGGGUGCAGCUGGAUCGAGCUCGACGGCGCGAUCCACAGGUUCAUGGCCGGCGAGUCCGCGCACCCGGAGAGCGCGGUGGUGCACGCGCACAUGGACGCGCUCUGGGAGCGGAUGCGGGGCCAGGGGUACGCGCCGGACACGUCGUGCGUGCUCCACGACAUUGAGGAAGGCGAGAAGGCGGCGAUCCUCCGGUACCACAGCGAGAAGCUCGCCAUCGCCUUUGGGCUGCUGCGGACGCCGCCGGGCGCCACCAUCAGGGUGGCCAAGAACCUGAGGGUGUGCAACGACUGCCACGAGGCCGCCAAGUUUAUCUCCAAGAUGGUCGGGAGGGAGAUCGUGCUGAGGGAUGUGAGGAGGUUCCACCAUUUCGUGGACGGCGCCUGCUCUUGCGGGGAUUACUGGUAGAGGAAAUAGCAUGUCCUUACAGUUACAGUGCCUACCAAAUUGUUUAGUUCAUACACACAGUAGUAAAAGAUUGUUACAGGACUCUGAAGUCCCUCUGGCUAUAAAGUUGUUUGGAGUGAACUGGCUAA